AUAAUCCUUCUCUUUCUCACCGCUCACUUUCAUCGCCAUGGUCAAGUUCUUGAAAGCAGGCAAGGUCGUUGUCAUUCUCCAAGGCCGUUAUGCCGGUAAAAAGGCUGUUAUCGUCCGUAACCACGACGAAGGUACCAAGGACAGACCCUACGGUUACGCUGUCGUCGCCGGUGUCGAGCGUUACCCUCUCAAGGUUACCCGCUCCAUGGGUAAGAAGAAGGUCGCCAAGCGCUCCAAGGUUAAGCCUUUCAUCAAGGUUAUCAACUACAACCACAUGAUGCCCACCCGUUAUGCUCUCGAGCUCGAACAGAUCAAGGGUACCAUCUCUUCCGAGACCUUCAAGGAGCCUUCCCAGCGCGAGGAUGCUAAGAAGCGAUCAAGAAGUUGUUCGAGGAGAGACACAACACCGGCAAGAACAAGUGGUUCUUCUCCAAGCUCCGAUUCUAA